AUGGCCGCUCGCAGGGAGGCAGGUCUACUUGUGCGGAAUGGGCAAGCGGUGAGCAAGUGCCGCUGCUUCUCAACGAGCAGCAUCGUUGCUUCAGGCCCUGCUUCACCGCCUCGCAUCGAUCCUCGCGGCAGACCAAAGCGAGACGAGACACGCUACGGCAUUCCCAGGUUCAAGACGGCUGCUGUCGAUCGUGAGACUGUCGAAGCAUCUGCAGAACAUGCCGAUCACCCUCUCUGGAAGUUCUUCAGGGACCGUCAACCUAUCGAGGACGACAUCAUGGGAGAAAACGGCGAAGGAAGUCGUGCAUGGACAGCGAACGAGUUGAGAGGCAAGACAUUCGACGAGCUCCACGAGCUGUGGUACGUGCUCUGCAUCGAGCGCAACUUGCUCGACACGCAAUACAUCGAAGUCAGGCGGCACGGCUCGAGUCAGGUAGCCAUGACCACACUGCCACACAAGCGUCGACAAGUCAAGCUGUCUCUCUCCCGCGUCAAGAUCGUGCUCGCCGAGCGCAGGCGUGCUCUGAUGGAAGCGCAGGCUUUGCUCAAUGCCAGCUCUCCUAUCGCGACGCAAAAGGACAUCAAACGCGACCAGAAGCUCGCUCAAUUCGAAGAACGGGUCAGGCAAAAGUAUGGCGAAGCGGCCGUACAGAGAGCGCAAGAGCAACGCCAAUUCAAGCUGGCCCGCUACGAAGCCUACCUCGCCGAGCAGCAGAAAAAGGCCGACGCUGUAGAGGCACGCAAAGCUCAGUCGAACCAGCGAUUACCACUCUCGCGGGAGUCGAGCUUCAUGGAGGCAUCUGCAUAG